CUUCUACAUGGACAUCUAGAAAAUAUAAGCUCCUUGCUACUUCUGGGGCUCAGAGCAGAUCUCCCCAAGUUACUGCGAACAGCAUCCGCUCAUCACUACUUCAUCUGUAAGAAAGAUGUCAGAGAACAAAAUGGAGAUUCACCACAUGGACCUGAAGACAGGGAUGACGCUGAAGCUGAAGGGGAAAAUUGAUGAUGACGCGAGUGGGUUCGCUAUUAAUCUGGGCAGUGGUCCUGGAGAUCUGGCACUGCAUUUCAACCCCCGACUUGAGGAGAAUGUUAUCGUCUGCAACUCCCAAAAUGGUGGCAGCUGGGAGAAGGAGCAUCGAGAUGAUCACAUGUGCUUUAGACCAGGGAUGGAGAUAAAACUGACCGUGACCUUUGAGGAAGAUGAAUUUCAGGUGAAGCUUCCAGACGGUCACCACGUGAAAUUCCCCAACCGUGGGAGGUACAGCCACCUCCCCUACUGCUGCGUGAAGGGGGGAAUCCGCGUCACCUCCUUCAAGCUGGAGUGAGGGAGGAAGGUAGUGGGCCUGAGCAGCUCCCCUCUUUCUUAACACUAAUAAGCCCCAAUAAAGGCCUCUCUCCUGUUUCUUUCUCA